AUGAUUUCUGACGAACAUUACGACCUUUGUCGCCCUAUAUUAGACGACUCCACCAUAGAAGAAGAAGACAAGAUCGAACGCCUCGAGGGCAUCCUUCGCAAAGACACCUCCUUAAUUGGCGUUGCUCUCGAGAAUGCUAUUCUCGAUGCAUUGUGGAAGCACCGUAAUGCUGCUCGUGGCGAAUCUACUGAAACCCCUUUACGACACAAUGUCAUCCGCAAAUCUUCUCCUGCUCCCUGGCAAUUAAAUCGGGCCCCAACUCCCUUGGGUUCUCCUCCUCCCCUGUCUUCUAGCCCUGCUCUUUCAGUUGGCUUCCCAGCCUCACGGCCCAGUUUCUCUCGCCAAAAGUCUGUCCAAUCUCCCUUUGCCUCCCCACGUCCUUCACCUCGUCUGGCUUUGGCGCAGCCUAUUCCUCACAGCCCUAGCCUCAACGCAUAUGAGUUCUCAGACGCCAGUCCCGCCCCAGACAUCUACGGCGACUACGGCCAUGAAAAUGUUGACUGGCUUUUGGCCGAUGAGAAUACCAGUAAUGCAUCUUUCAAUGCUGCUGGUGCUCUGAGUGCAGCUGCUCCCGAAUGGCUCCCCCAGCCGGACAUGAGCCCCUAUGAUAUUCUGCGCUCGGUUCUGGGUGACAGAAAGACGGAUGACGAAAUCGAGGACGCCCUCAACAAGAACUCGUAUGAUCUGGGAGCUACCAUAGCUUCUCUACUGGGGACAGAUACGGCUGAUGCUCAAUACACCGCAGUUGCCAAUCCCGAUGCUGGUAUUCUUGUUGGCAAGUCCAUGGCCAUGAACCAAGUCCGCCCUUCUACCCCAGGUAAUGCCAAGAGCCCUAUAGUUUGCAAGUACUGGCUCGCUUCAGGCUCUUGUCUUCGUGCAGACUGUCGCUUUGCCCAUGACACUAGUGGUUAUCUUUGCAAGUAUUGGACGAAUGGAAAUUGCCUAGCUGGUGAUGCUUGUCAGUUUUCUCAUGACCCGGCUCUCCUAAUCAACCAUUUGAGUGUUGGGGAGAAUGUUCAGUCGCACCCAUUUCAGCUCCAGGACCAGCAAGAUCAAUAUCCUAGUUUAUCCGGCUCAAACAACGUCCGAAGUGCGCUUCAAGCUGGACUAGCCGCUGGAAAUAAUUUUGUACCUUCCAAUCAGAGAAAUCGAAGUGCCUUUGGUAAUAUUGGUCCGAACUCUCGGCCACAAUCGAGGCCCAAUUCUCGACAUCAGAAUCGUCCUGAAACACCCUCUUCUCUAUCUAUGGAUGAUCCCGAAGCCUUUCCAUCCCUCGGCUCACUUAGUGGGAAGCGUGGGUCUAAACAUCACGGUCAUCGAUCCAGGCAUCACGGAAAUUUUGAAAAAGAAGCGCCCUCCCUCCUAGCGGACGUAGUACGCAUGUCACCGUCACCGGCUCCUGGACAGCAGCGAAGGAACGAGGCCGGUCGCAGAAUAAGAACGUAUGGUGGUUCCGAAAGUGCAGCAGCCAGGAAAAUCCCAGAACCCCAGCAUAUUCCUUGGCUGGAGACUGGCGCCCGAGCCAAUCAACAAUAUUUGAAAUUCAGACAAGAAGCCAUCAAACAUGGAAGCAUCCGUAAUAAGUUUUUACAAAGUGCGGCUCAAGCUUGGAAUCGUAAUGAUGCUCGGGCUGCCAAAGCUCUUUCUCUUCGAGGGCAGGCAGAGAAUGACGCAAUGAGGAAGGCACAUCGAGAAGCUGCACAAGCUCUGUAUGACGAGCGAAAUAAACAUCUUUCUACCAUGCCGGCCGAUGACGACGAAGAAUUAUACAUUGAUCUCCAUGGUCUACACCCAGAAGAAGCGAUCGAAUAUCUCGAGGCUAUCCUACUGACACAUGCCAAACGCGGACGCAGGAUUAUUUAUGCAAUCACUGGGACUGGACAUCAUAGCAAAAAUGGGAAGGACAAGGUAGGUAAAGGUGUGCGUAAUUGGCUGAAUGAAUGGGGUUACACUUUCCGAGAGUUUAGUGUCCCUGGAGAACGAGGUGGAUACAUUGGUGGAGUGUUGGGAAUUGACAUCACAAGUCAUCGUCGACAGCCUCUUUCUAACGAGAGUAGCUCAAGUGUCAAAGGUUACGAGGAGGAGAGCGAGACCUCACCCACACCUGCACCUGCUAUCACCGUGGGUAACCUGGGUGGGAAGAUUCAGGUUCUCAAGCGCGAGGAGGUACCUGCAUAG